CUUCUGGAACAUUACAAUACGGCUAUAACUUUUAUGAGAAAUUUGAAAUCAGGAAAAUAGCGCAAAGAUACGGGAAAAAUCAAGUUAAUUUUCCACGGACAACCUCAUUUCUGAAGAGCUAAAAUCUUCUAUAGUUUAACCUGAAGACUGUUCUAUGGUCCUUCCUAUAUUGAGCUAAGAUUCUUAUUUUGAAUUGGUAUCGAUACAAUCGUCAAUAAUCGUUCGUGAUUCGGCAGUAACAUUGGGAAACGAGACCAACGAAAAGAAAACAUUUUGUCCUUGGCAUAUGAAACAUGCGAGAAUAUGUUUCCAUUCAAUAAAGCUUGACUUCUUAUAUUCAUCACAAUAGAAAGCAGACUCGCGUGCUCGAUAACAAAUCCGUGCGGUUCCACAGCAAGCUUCCAUUAGAUUCUUCUAAAAUUGCGGAUGAAGGGGAAAAUCCUGAACUAGCUACAUAUAUAUUCCAAGUCAAUAUUUGUCUUCCGAAUAGUGUCGUUUCAGCCUUUACCCAAUUUGCUGUCCAGAAUAUCAGCUCCCCAUGAAUUCUGUAAUACGCAUAAUGUUGGAUUCAUCUUUUGCUCUGCUGCUGAUGGACCGAAUCGCUACUGUCCACUCUCUCGUCUACGGAACCCCGACUGAAAAUUGUCAGUCAAUGUUUCCGCAACAUGAUAACUAUCUACCGCAAUGGAUGGAUCCACCGCCUUAUAACUUAUCAGCUUCGAUUAUUCUUGACAGCACUUCCAACUCCUCGGAUAAAUACAAAGUUACGCUGAUUGCUGAACGUCGCAGGACAUUUAAGGGAUUUUUCAUUCAAGCUCGAUCCUUAACUGACCACAAGAUUAUCGGUUCGUUUGAUCCAGUGGAAGCUCCCGAUGUGGCUAAAUUAAUCGACUGUCCUGGCGGCACUCAGAAUGCUGCAACACACGUUAUCAACUAUCCGAAGAGUGUCGUAAACUUCGUAUGGAAACCACCAGCCAAUUUUGAGGGCAAAUUCUACUUUGAGGCCACAGUGGUAGCCGAAUACAAGGUGUUCUGGACAGGAAUAGAAACCCCGGCAUUCAAUAUCACAAAAACCGGUCAGUAGAAAACCCUGGCGGGAUAAAGAGAAAGAAACCACUUAAACAAAAUUCAACUAUCUACAUGUAAACCCAAUGUUCCUAAUUACUGCUCAGCAAGAAACUUAAGUUCCUAGACUUACCUCGCACUAAUAGUUCCUAGCGUUGAUUCAUUCCUGUCGAAUUCUGAAAUACACUUUGCAUCAUGAGUAGCAACAAAACUUAUCAUCAUAUAUAAUAGUCUAUUUUUAAAAAUCAAUAUGUACAGAACUGUGGCCCAGUUAGUUAUUUAGUCAUAAUCAAAAACAUGCUCUGCUUUAAAUACUAUAAAAAGAACAAAACAGUCCCCUUUAAAAGAAUGAUU